AUGGGCAUAUUUUCGCCUGAUAAUUACAUUGUCGCAUGGGGACCUUUGGAUCUACUUGUGGUCGACAUGCCUCCAGGAACAGGAGACGUACAGUUAUCAAUUAGCCAAAAUAUUCCAGUAGACGGAGCCAUCAUUAUCACCACCCCCCAGGGUCUUGCAGUGUCAAAUGCGCGAAGAGGGUUGGAAAUGUUGAAAAAAGUUAACAUUCCCAUCCUUGGAAUCGUUGAGAAUAUGUCCGACUUCACCUGCCCUUCAUGUGGUCAUCGUUCGUUGUUGUUUCAUGACGACUGCGAUCCUAUGACGCCAAUCAAAGACAAAACAUCUGGUGGUCUCGGCUUAGCCGAGGCUACUGGGACUCAGCUGCUGGCUCGCUUACCAAUCGAUCAACGAAUCUGCACCAGCGGCGAGUUAGGUCGACCUUUAGUCCUGGGGUUGGCUGCCAACAGCAUUGCUCAUCCCGGAACUGCUGUCCACCAACCUGCUUCUUUACAGGCAUAUGAUCAACUUGCUCGACUACUGCUCACACGACUGUCAGAAAAAUUUUCUCCUAGGCCCUAA